UCCAGAGGUCUGUGAUACUCUAGCCUCUGUCUUCAUUUUGUCACCCCUCUAUAACUUCACUCUCACUUGGAACAGUUCACUCUGAAACCAUGGCUAAGACAAUGACUCUGCUGUGGGGAGCUGGCUCUCCUCCCUGCUGGAGGGUGAUGAUCGCUCUAGAGGAAAAGAACCUGCAAGGCUACAACCAAAAACUGCUCUCCUUUGACAAAAUGGAGCACAAAUCCAAAGAAGUGUUAGAUCUAAAUCCCAGGGGACAGCUUCCCACUUUCAAACAUGGAAACGUUAUUGUGAAUGACUCCUAUGCGGUCUGUUUUUACUUGGAGAACCAGUUUAAGUCCCAAGGAAACAAACUAAUCCCAGAUGGCCAAGAAGAACAAGCUGUGAUGUACCAGCGCAUGUUUGAGGGUCUCACAUUCUAUGACAAACUCAAUGCAGUUAUCUACUAUGACUGGUUUGUUCCUGAAGGAGAGAGACAUGAUUCAGCUCUGAAGAGAAACAAAGAAGCUCUGACAACUGAGCUCAAACUCUGGGAGGGUUACCUGCAGAAGUUGGGCUCAGGCUCUCACCUGGCAGGACCCUCCUUUACACUAGCAGAUGUGGUCAUUUUCCCUACGGUUGCUUACCUUUUCAGAUUUGGGUUGUCUGCAAAGCAUUACCCUAAACUGGGAGAGUAUUACAAUCUGCUGAAGGAGAGACCAAGUGUCAAAGCCAGCUGGCCUCCUCAUUGGCUGGAGAACCCCAAGGGACAAGACACACUGAAAGACAUCUGAUAUUCACGGACACUUGAAUGAAUGUCACAUAAUGACAUUGCAGCUUUUGUUGUGGUUAAUCAUAUACACUGUGUGCAAAUCCAACAACAAUAUCUCUUGGCUUGUACAUGUUUAGGUUUUGUUAACAGCAGUUUUUUUUUUGUUUUUUUUGUUUGGUGUCAGACGAUCUAACAUCUCAAAUCUCCCAAAUUUUUAUGAAUGCAUUUUUCAUCUUUUUCGCUUUAAUAGAUUUAUAUUAGUGAGAAUUUUUAGUACACAUGGUAUUGUAAAUACAGAUUAUUGAACAUAUAAUAUUAGAGCGAAAACACAACCCCCUGUGAGCAAGCACUUAGUUACAGUGGGGAGGAAAAAUACAACCAGGCUCAUGGAGGGGCAGCCAUGUGCCCUGAUCGGUUGGGGGUGAAGGGAAAGAAAAUACAGAAGUGAUUGAAAAAAUAAAAACAAAUGUGUUCUAAAGAUGUCCAUUCUCAUAUCCUUAAUGAUACAUGAAAUUCUUGUACUCGGCCCCACAAAUCUUAGAAACAUGGUGUCUAACCAGAUACUUACUCUGGAUGGCAUCACUUUGGCCUCCAGUAACACUGUGAGAAAUCUUGGAGUCACUUUUGACCAGG